AUGUUGAUGUUAAUUGAAUCUUUGCACUGCCUCCUCUCUUUGGAACAUAUAUAUUCCCUAAUAUUCGGUUUUAUCUGCAAUCCUCCUGGGGCUCCCUUAGCACUGCCUCCUCUCUUUGGCUGGCUCUACAAGCCUAUUUUUGAGCUUCCCUGUUUGGAGAGCUUUCUGAGAUGGGGAGAUCCAAGAAAACUCCCAAAUUUGCUGUUAGGAAGAAUAUCAUUAGUUCGAAGACAAUUAAGAAGGUACAGGGAAGAGGUUCUCAACCCGAACAAAAAGGAUCUUACAAAAGAAAAGCUUCCACCAAAUGUACCAUAUGUUUCAUCAGCCCUUUUCUUCAAGUACAACACGGCACUUGGGCCACCGUACAGAGUCUUGGUUGAUACUAACUUCAUCAAUUUUUCUAUUCAAAACAAGCUGGAUUUGGAGAAAAGAAUGAUGGAUUGCUUGUAUGCAAAAUGCACCCCUUGUAUUACGGAUUGUGUCAUGGCUGAGCUUGAGAAGUUGGGACAGAAGUAUCGUGUGGCUCUGAGGAUUGCAAAAGAUCCACGGUUCGAAAGACUGCCUUGCACCCAUAAGGGAACCUAUGCCGAUGACUGUAUUGUCGAACGAGUAACUUGGCACAAGUGUUACAUUGUAGCUACAUGUGAUCGGGACUUGAAACGAAGAAUUCGCAAGAUUCCUGGUGUGCCCAUCAUGUAUAUCACCCAACAUAAAUAUUCAAUUGAGCGUCUUCCGGAAGCAACCAUAGGUGGAGCACCGAGGAUAUGAAUCCGAUAACCUAGCGGCUUGAGUUCUUCAUCCCCUCUGUCGCAAAUCAAAAGGUUCUGAAGUCGAUGAAUAUUUAUUGUGUUUGUGAUUUACGAUUUCUUCUACUUCAGAACAAGAAUUUUGAAUUGGUAGAUGUGGUUUACUUUUUGAAAGCGUUGUAAUCAAAGCCCGCAUUGCUUCGUGCACUAAAUUUUUUUUUAGUCGAUUGUUCUCUUUGCACA